GCUCUCCGCGGCGGCGGCGUCGUCGUCCGCGGAGGGGAGCGCGCGAAAUUCACCUCGCGCGCGUCUGUGUGCGUAUACGUUUGCGCGUGUGUGCGUGCGCGCGUCCUGAAUGAAUGAACCCCCGGUCGCCUUGGGCCGGUCCUCCCGUCCGUUCAACAGGUCGCCAUUGGUCAACCGGUGGCCGGGUGGAAAACCCACGGUCGCGCGGGUGGGGGCCCGGCGGGCCGCCCUUACGUUUGCCGCCGCCGCUUCUGCUGCUGUUGCCGCCGCUCGGUCCACCGUCAAGACUUAAAUGUCCACCGGAGUCAGGUGGCUAUCUCAGUUGAUCGUUUUCGGUCGACGGUGGUCAUCCGUAUAAAUAUAUAAUAUAAUAUCAUCAUCAUUGUUGUCGUCCCGUAUACUGCACGCGAGUUGUUCACACUAUUUGUUUAAUAUCGUUAUUAAUUUUUAAAUUCAAUCGUAUCGUAAUUUAAAUAUUAUCCGUAUACGUACAACAGACUUUUCAGUUCGUCCGGUAUAGCACACAUUAAUUUAUUAUUAUUGUUUUUCGAUCGUUUUUUAUUAUUAUUUUUGUUUUAUCGACGUUCGUAUCGACAUCGCGCUCGCCGGCACAAUAUAACAACGUCUCUCUCGGUACGCGUGUGACAUAAUAUUCGUAUUUUAUUAUAUUAACCGUAAUCGAUUGGACGUGCCUAAUAUUCUCGACGGAGUACGUUUUUUCACCGUUUUUAAUUUUUCUUUUACACUUCGACUCGACCUCCGUCGGCCUUAUGGAGUCUUACGGAGGCGCCGGGUGCGUCGAUUGUUACCGAGAACACUGCAGGCAGCGAACGCCUUCGGUGCCGAUCGCGACGACCGCGCCAGACCGCCGGACGCCGUCGCCACAGAUGAACCGCUGCCAAACUGCCCCUAGGAGAUUCGAUUUCACCCGCCGUUCGUGUCGGCUUUUUAUCGCCGGUUCGUUCGUCAUUGGACUGAUCUUGGUGCCCUGCGCCAUGUCUGCACCCGCCAAACCGUCAAAGUCUCCGACGCUGCCGCGCUCCAUCAUCGCAACCGGCACGCCGUUUUGGCACAACCCUUGCGGCACGCUGUUGACGUAUGAUGGUAGCGGCGGUGGUGCCACUGGCGCCAUGAUGAGCAGUGCCGUCGGCCACGACAUUAUGAUGAUGGAAUCGGAACCGGAAUCGGAUUCGGCCAUGCGACGAGAAGAGGACAUCAUCCACGGCAUUGUCGUGGCCGCCAAUCAGGCCCUGACGCACGCAGAACAGUUCACUGGUGCUUUCGUGAUCGAAACGUUUCACGUGGACGUCAAGAAAAACCACGAUCACUGGAAAGGCAUCACGCUCGACUGGCUCGAGCUGUCCAAGUACAUGCCCAAAGCGCUGGACGUGCCGCUCAGCAAGCCAUAUCUGGCCAGUCUGACGUUCAGGGACGUACUGCACGCCGUGUACGUUGGUAUGCAAAACUUGGCCGUGGGGCUGGAGCAAGUGGCGUGGGACCAGGACCGGCAGAUGCUCCCGUACGCCAAGUACUUCAACGAGACCACUUUGAAGCUUAGAACUAUCCUGUGCGAGGUGUCGAUGGCAAUUUACGAAAUCAACGAUACCCCGGAAUCGCACGUAUCCAGGGACAUCAUGCCGAUGGAGUCGAGGAUUUCGCGUGACAACCAGUCGCUCAGGGACUGGCUAAUACUGCGCGAGUACAUGACCAGUCUCCAAUACGUGAUCGAAGCUUUCGGAUACCUGAAGACGAAAAGAUAAUAGACGCGUCCUGAUCGCCACUGCCGCCGCUGUCUCUGACCGCAUAACACAUCAUCACCGCUGAUACAUAUUAUUAUUAACUAUUAUUGUGAUAAAUAUUCGUCGUCGCCACUCGUUCUCUUUUCCGCACACGUCACUUAUUAUUACAACAUAUAUAUAAAUUAUUAUUAUUAUUAUUAUUAUUAUUAUUAUUAUUAUUACUAUACUAUACAUAUGACACUACGGAUACGGACGCCGCGCGUUAACGUUUAGUUAAUUACGUGUAAAAUUAUAAUAUUUAUAUUGUGCUUAAAUGUUUAAUAUUAUCAAACGUAAAUCAUUCAUCCCCAUCUCUACCUCCAGACCCUCCGAUUCAUCCACCGCUACCGUUCCCACCUCCUCGCCAUCACCUCGUUCCAAUUGUUUUUCGUAUAUUAUGCAUUACGUAAAAUAGUUUUAAGUCAUUAUUUGUUUUAUGAUUUUGAUUUAUUCGAUUUGUUUUUAAACGACCCGCGCA